AUGUCUUCAAUUAUUGAUUCUAAUAUGAAUACAACCUCAUCAACAGAUGGCAAAUAUCAUAAAUAUCAUAUUGUCUUGAUAUAUCUUGUUCACGAGAACGGGUAUUGCGGAGGUGAUUAUCAUGAACCAUCCUCGGCCUUGAUGGGUACUAUAGGUGGUGAAUUACGGGAGAAUAUGCUUGAUGAAGCCUAUGAAUCAUUGGAGGAAUGUAUGGAAGAUAAAGAUUAUAUUCCAUUUGAUAUUCAAAAUAGCUAG